AUGUAUCCCUCAAACGAAGACGACGACGAUUUUCUCGCUGCCCUUUGCUUCGAUCAAAGCAAUGGAGGCGAAGAACCUUUCGCAUUUAUACAGACAGAACAGGAUACACUCUUUCCGGAUUUCGGGUCAGCUGGUAUAAAUCUGCAGCCAGAGCAAGAACAAGUAUGUAAUAACAACGACAUUGGAGUUCAGUUUGAUUCUUUUAGUGGAAACCUUCCUCAAGUCUGCAGCUUUACUGGGGGAAACAAUGGUUUAGGCCCUUUUGGUGGAGUUGUCUAUAGUAGCAGUAUUGGGUCAUCACAAUUGAAUUUGCAGCAAGAGCCACAUCAAGUCUGUAGCUUUAGAGGGAGAAACAACGAUUCAGGGCUUCAUCUGGAGAAGGAACAGGAACAAAUGUGCCGCGGUGUAGUGGAGAUCAAUUCUUCAUCAUCUGUUGGAGGUGUUAAGGAAGAGUUGGAGGAAGAAUGCUCAAGAAAGAGGGGACGAACUGGAUCAUGUAGCAAGAAGCCAGGAACCAAAGCAUGUCGUGAGAAAAAGAGAAGAGAAAUGCUAAAUGACAAGUUCAUGGAUUUGAGCUCUUUUCUGGAACCUACAAGAACUCCAAAGACGGAUAAACCAGCUAUACUAGAUGAUGCAAUCAGAGCAGUAAACCAGCUCAGAGGUGAAGCUAAUGAGCUUAAAGAAACCAACCAGAAGCUUCUAGAAGAGAUCAAGACUCUCAAGGCGGAGAAGAAUGAGCUAAGGGAAGAGAAGCUGGUGCUGAAGGCUGAUAAAGAGAAGAUGGAGCAACAGUUGAAAUCUAUGGCGGCAGUUCCAUCACCUGCAGGUUUCAUACCUUCACAUCCAGCAGCUUUCCAUCAAAACAAAAUGGCCGCGGUUUACGCGAAUUAUGGUUACUAUCCAAACAUGCCAAUGAUGCCAUACUUACUACCACCUUCGCAGCGUGAUACUUCUCAAGAUCAGCAAAACUGCUCUUUUGCUGCUUAAUCUUCCUUCUCUGUUUUUUUUUGGUAUCAUACUUUCAGAAUCACUUUGAAAUUUUGGUUUCAUGCAGAUGAUUAUUUGUUAUUAGUUUCUCAGUAACCUAUUGAGGGGGAUAGAGAAUGUUAUGAUUCUUCCAAGUGUUAAAGCUAAUUCUUAGGUUCUAUUUUUGAAUAAAAUGUCUGAGAAACUUUUUUUGUACAAUUAUUAUUGAUGAUUGGUCAAG